UACGGGCUGAGGUGAGGAGCCUUUUAAAAGACGAACUCCUCUAAUUACUACUACUGCACGAAAGCUACUGUUGAUGUUUUAUCCUUUGACUUAUCCUAUUAUGUGGUCAGGCGUACUCUACUGAGGAAAUCUCUCAAUUGAUACCCAUUUUAGACCGGUUUACACUGCUUCAUUAAGAAAUGGUAACAACAGAAGAAGUUGUAGAAGAGAAAGAGGAGAAGAAAUGUCCGGUCUUCAAAAAUCCAGAAUUCCAGCAUUCAGCAUUCCGUAGCAGUAAGAAGAGGGGAUGGAGAAAUUUAAAACAAAUUAUUUCACUAGAACGUGGUUACACCUGGCCUCAUGAUGCAGUCCAUUAUAGCAGCAUCGAUGCUCCACCUGCUUUUACACCAGGAAAAAAAUAUUCUGAUGUUUCUGGCCUUCCAGCCAACUAUACUGAUCCACUUACAAAGUUGAGGUAUGCUGAUUCAGCGGAAUUCUACAGAGUUCGAGAUCUUCCCAUGGACAUUGUUAACGGUCUUCUGGAACUUCGGAAAGCUAAUAGUAUUGUGGGUUAAAAGACAAUUACUUUUUAAGAAUGCAGUUCUGCUAAAGGAACUGAGGUUUAUAGUGUUUAAAAGAUAAUAUUGUGAACAUUGUGAGAUGCUGUAAGAUACUAAUAGUCAUCAGUGCUUUGCUACUUUACUGUAUUAGUAGCCUCACUGGUUGAUUACUGUACAAGAAUUAACAUUCUGGUCAGUUUUAAUGGACACAAAAUUAUGCCUUUAUGCAAGAUCUUUUUAAAGAACUACUGUUUAUAAUAAAGAUUAGAUUAUUUCUA